CCACGCAUUUCGGGUUGUUCUGCUGAGACUGUAUUGCAUUGGUUUGUUCUGUGAUUGAUCAUCCUUGGAUAUUGUUGCUGUUGUAACAGGAAUGUCACGCAGGUAUUGAUCCGGUUACAAUCAACGUGUGGAGUAGAUAAUGAGCUGACUGGCCGUGCGCCAUUGACGGGACCGCGGCAGCGUGCAGCGCGAGCAGCGCGCCAUGGAGCCGGACCACACGCCCAACGAGUUCCCGUUCAGCUCGGCACCGGGCACGGAGCUGCUGCAGGUGCCGCUCUCGUACCGCACUUCCUCCGACGGAAGACAGCUGGUGUACACCAUCACAACGUGUGGUGGCGGGGGCGGCUCCUCCUCUGGCGGCGGCGGCAACGGCAGCGGCAGCGGCGGCGGCUCCCUGACGCCGGCCAUGCUGGCCGACACGGCCGGCCUGCUGGACGUGCUCAAGCAAGACACGCUGGUGGCUGUCGACGCGCUCGACGGCUUCGCCGCGCACGCCGACCAGGUGGCCUGCAGGUGA